AUGGAGGACUGGCAGAAGUGGACUCGGCGUGCUGCCAACGCUAAGGCAACGCAGAAACCACCUCAAUUUCUCUUCUUUCCAAACCGAACAGCAGGACAGACAUACUUCAUCACUGUUGUAACCGGCAUAGCUAUACUAUCGCUUUCAUUUGGGCUUAUCAAGUCAGCAGAGGACAGCCAAGACAAGCUUGCAAGGACCAUCGCAACCGACACGCGCAUCCGUGCUUGUGACAUCGGUAACGAACAUCAAGCGAUAUUUCGUAAACGUGAGGAAGAAAAUAGGAUCCGCCGGCAGAGGCGAUAUCUAAGCAUCAACCCUAAGCCUGCAGGAGCGGUACUCAUAUCUGACCCCGAAGUUAGGAACAAUGAAAGAAGUGGGCACAUCGAUGCUUAA